AUGCUCCCCACGCCUUCCCUCCUACUUCUCUUCAUCAAUUUACUUUUCUUUGUUUCUGAUCUUGUACACUUGGUGGUCUCGGUCCAAAGACCUGUCGCGGUGAUGUUUCAGCGGCUCCGCGACGCCAUUGACUCGCGCAUAGCAGAGGAACAGGCCCGCCAAAAAUCCGCUCAGGAUAAUAUCUCCCGCUCCAACUCCGCACGCCGCCCGGCCAACAGUAAUCUUCCUCCAGGGCAACGGUCCCGCCCACGACGUAACACUGGAACCCCAGUUCGGGGCCCCGACCCGAAAGAGUUCGAAGCGGAAUUUGCGAUUGGCGACGAUGAGUCCAGUCGGUCAGGUACGCCUCGUUUAGAGACACCCGACCCGGCCUCCGAAGUGGCCAGUUCGGCGGGGGAUCGAACCGAGGAGACAGAGAGCCAGACGGCUCCAUCCUCGACUGAUGCGCCAGAAAAGACAACCGACAAAGAGAAGGAGACUGCUGCACCUGCCACUGAUAUGGAGACCAACAAGCCAGCCCCCGCGGAGUUGCCUAUAGAUGUCAAGGCCAAGCUGCGCCGACUUGACAAGCUGGAAUCACGAUACCAUGAACUUCUCAAAGCGUACCGCGCGGCGCAUUCUCGCGUCCUCUCCAUCGAACCCUUUGAAGCAGCCCUACGCGAAAAUACCCCUCUUACCUCGAUCGGCGAGCCCAAGGCCUUGACGGAGUAUCUCAACCAGAUGUCACUGAAGACUGACAUGGUCAUGGACGAGAUGAAGCGAGUUGCGAUCGAACGAGACGACUACAAAAAGAAAAUGGAGGAGGCUCAAAAGUCCACGAAGGAGGCAUGGGAUGAAGUCGCGGGUCUCAAAGCAAACACCAAGGAAGCUGCGCCCGAAGAGAAGAAAUCGCCCGACGGGGAGCAAGAAUCGAGCGAGGAGUUCUUCUCCUACGAUAAUGAGGUUCCUCGACUGGAAGGUGAAUUGAAAGAAAAGCAGGAAGAGGUCGAUAGCCUCAAGUCGGAAGUCGAGAAGCUUAAGACAGAUCUUUCAGUUGCCAGAGAAUCUACCGAGGGUAUGGUGCAGAACUUGGAAUCGGCCACCCGAGAACUAGUAGAGUCGAGGGACACCAAGGAUAAACUGGAUGCCGAAAUUGAAAGUCUGAAGACUUCGAAGCAGGGCGACGUCGACGAACUCAAGAAGAAACUUGUGUCCGUUGAGUCUUCUCUCGAAAGUACCACCACCGAGGUCGAGAAGCUGAAGAAAGACCUGGAAAAUAAAAGCGAUGAGAUUGAGAAGCUUCAAGCUCAAGCCUCUGAAUCUGACAAGGCGGAGAAGGCCGAUAAUAACUCGGAGCUGGUCUCACAGCUAGAGGAGGCCAACAAAGCCAAGGAUGUAAGCGAGAAGCGUCUGGUUGUCCUGCAGGGCGUAGUCGAUACCGUCAAGACGCAGCUUAAGGACACCGAAACCACCGUUUUAGCCCUCAAGCAUGAUAUCACCCAAAAAACCGAAAGCUGCACCAAGCUUCAAAAGAUUAUCGACUUUGUGGACACUAACCUGCAAGACAACGAAGCUUGGCUGUCUUCUAAGCAGAAGGUUGUUGCUGGAGAGACCGCCGAUUUCGAGGAGAUCCGCAAGAGCCUAGCCCCCGCUGAGAAGGCUGUUGUGUCUAGUACAGCUGCCCCCGAAGAAGACUCGCAGCCCGUCACCGCGGCUCAAACCGCCGGCGGAGGUGGAGGCAAGAAGAAGAACAAGAAGAAGAAGAAGGGCGGAAAGGCGGCUGAGGAGCCAACUAAGCCGGCCGACACUACUCCCGAGCAGCCCCUGCAGACAGAGCCAGCUAAAUCUCCAGCUGCAUCGACUGCAGAACUGGAAGAACUAAAGCAAAAAAUUGAGUCUCUCACUCAGCAGCUCUCUGAUAAAGAGGCGGCCAUCGACCGGCUUAGUGCCAAGCUUAAGGGAGAGGAAGACCUGAAGGAGGAGAUCGAGUCUUUGCGUGACGAUAUUGUCAAUGUUGGGCAGGAGCAUGUCGAGGCCAAGGACAAGAUCAAAGAGCUCACUGCUCAGAAGUUUGCCCUGGAGGAGACCAUUGGCAAGCUAGAGAGGGAGCUGGUUGAUCUUCGCACCAGCAGUGCCUCGAACUCCGCUGACUCGGAGAAGAUGCAUACUUCGCUCAAAGAGGAGUUUGAGGGUCUUAAGGUCCGAGCAGCCACCCUGGAGACAGAUCUUUCGGCCGCUCAGCAACUGGCUACCACCCGGUUCAAGGAUUUGACCGACCUACGCGAAACCCUCCAAAAAGUCCAACCCGAGUUGCGCAACCUCCGGGCUGAAUCAUCCGAGCUGAAGGCGUUGAAGGAAACCCUUACUGGCAAAGACAAAGAGUUGAGAGCUCUUGAGUCCAAGCACGAAGAUCUGCGUGCAGAACUGAAAACCGCCAAGACCAAAAUUUCUGAACGUGACACUGAGGUGAACACCUUGAACAAGAAGGUUCGCCAAGAGACUGAUAGUCGUCUGAAAGCCGAAGAAACCCUUAAUGUCGCUCAAUCUGAUCUCCGAUCUGCUGAGUCAAGGAAGCAGGACGCUAUCAAUGCUAAGGAUAAGACUGCGGGAGAGCUCGCUAAGAGUCAAAACAACCUGAAGAGCUCUCGCGUCAGGAUCCGUGAACUGGACGAACAAAUCUCCCAGCUCAACAAGGACCUUGGAGGUCUCCGAGAAGAGAUCAGCCUGAAGACGGCACAGCACACCAGUGCACAGAGUUUGAUGAACAACAUGCGUGACCAGACCGCCGAGAUGGCUAUGCAGAUGAAGGAAGCUCGCGAAAGAUGCGAUAGCCUGGAGGAGGAGCUCGCUGAAGCGCACCGUCUCUUGAGCGAACGUACCCGCGAAGGUGAGACGAUGCGUCGCCUCCUCAAUGAUAGCGAGAGUCGCGCGGACGCCAAGGUUCGAGACUUGAAGGAACGUAUGGAAGCUGCGGUUGAAGAACGAGACCGGGCUGAAGAUGAGGCUAGCGCUCAGGGCCGCCGCCGUGCGCGGGAGAUGGAAGAACUGAAAGCCAAGGUGCGAGAGGCUGAACGGGCUUUGCGCACCGCCGAAGAAGACAAGGAGGAGCUCGAACACUCCCAAAAGGACUGGCGUCGUCGUCGCGACGAACUGGAGCUCCUUUCGGAGAGGUCCACUCAAGAGGUCGAAGAAAUUAAGCAAGCCAUGGCUGGCCUACGGGAAGCCUUGGACGAAAGCGAGAAACAAGUUCGCAGCCUGGAGAAGGACAAAGCCGAGCUUCGUCGCUCUGUCGAAGAAUCAAAUAACCGGCUGGAGAAACUCCGCAAAUCUCACAAGACUCUGGGUGAAGAUGUUCGCCUCCGUGGACUGGAGUCUGGUCGACAGUCCUCACGGUCAUCGAUUGAUUCCGGUUCUAGACGUGGUCCACUCUCUCCGUCUGGUCAAGACCGCAGCGCGUCGACUCGUCGGAGCGAGACUCCCUCUGCCACUACCGGGCCGAAUACCCAGUCAAUUGAUUACAUGUAUCUGAAGAAUGUCUUACUGCAAUUCCUGGAGCAGAAGGAUAAAACUUAUCAGAAGCAGUUGAUCCCUGUUCUAGGGAUGCUCCUCCACUUUGAUCGAACGGAUGAGCAAAAGUGGAUGUCUGCCAUCAUGUCGAAGUGA